AUGAACGCAUUGGCAGCUGGAGACAAUGGCAACCAACCUGCCCUUCCUAUAUCAGUGGAUAUCAAAAAACUUUUUGACGGAAUUAUGCUUAGUCACCGGUAUACCAGUUGGGUUCAAGUAGAAGAUGCUCUAAGUCAGCUGGAAUCAGCAACUCAUACACAUUAUGUAAUCAAAAAGUGCAUACGGAACCAUGAAUCUGAGGAGUUGAAGUACAAACUAGUAGUCUUUCGUUGUACAUAUGGCAUGAAGCGAAAAUCUAGAGGUUUAGGUUUACGCGUCAAACCUGCAAAAUACACCGGUUGCCAAUCUGGCUUUCGUAUACGCUACAAGGAGAACGAGUUUAUCAUUUGUUCCGCGAGAACAGUUCACAAUCACAAAUGUGAACAAAGUCGUAUGAUAGGUGAUCCAUAUUUUAGACGCCUGUCCGGGGAUGAAAAAGAGAAUAUUGCACCUGUUGUGAAGACUGCAUCUGAGGUUGGUGAUGUUUUAGAAUAUGCUGAAGAGAAUUUUAGUAAAAUUUUGACGACGGAAUCUUGUGACCUUAUACAGAGCACAGAUGUGUAUAAUUUACGUAAGGAUGUGAGACCAGAUGUUAUGCGCAUAAUAAGGCAAAGCGGUCAGGUGGUUGAAUACGUAGAAUCGAAUACAGGGAUAACCAGCAGAAUUUGCUUCGCCCUGGAAUCACAGGUGCAGUUAUAUCGGAAAUAUGGAGAGGUGGUGUGUAUUGACUCAACAUACAAUACCAAUAAGGACGGAAAUUCUCUGUUUCAGUUGGUGGUAACAGACAAUAUGGGUCAUGGCAGGCCUGUUCUUUUGGCAUGGACGAGACGUGAAAGGUCAUGCGAUAUAGCUUGGAUCUUGGAACACUUCCAAAGAAUAAUGCAGAAUACGUCCAUUACAGAAACUUUCAUAAUGGAUUCGGCCAACUGUGACAUAUCCGCCGUGCGUAAUAGUCGCAUUCAGGCGAAAAUCGUCAUCUGUGCAUUUCAUGUAUGCCGGGCUUUCAGCAGGAAGACUCGAAAUCCUUUUGUACGCAGGUUUUUAUAUCGUCUUGUUAAAGCUGCCACACCUGAAAGUGUCAUUAGGACGGUUGAUCGGAGGUGGAUUAUACCAAUUCAACUUGUACCUGCAGAAUUUUUAGGGCACAAAGAAUACCUUGCCGGCAUAUGCUACUGUGUCACAUUCGAAUUCCUCAGUUUACAGUUGACAAAGUAA